ACUAUGUUAUAACGUUAGCAGCAAGAUUUAUAUAUACACAUAUUGUCAAACCUCGGUCUUAGUCAAUAAGUGUUAAAUAUUACUGGCUGAUGAAUGUGUAAAAUUUCAGCUUCUAUUCUAGUCAUAUUAAGGCAAUGUCUGGAAAGACAGCGCCCUAUGCUUUGAAAUCAGCAAUAACGACUGGAAUUCUUGGUUCUCCAGAAUCCAUUCAUUUGCACUCCUGUAAAACGCAACCGUUAGCGUUGUUUUACGACUUGAAUGUGUUCGAAAAUGGCUUAAAAAAUGUGCAAAAUGCGUUCGGCAAAGGCUUUAUGCACGCUAUUGCUGUUAAGUCCAAUCCAGUAUGCAACAUGCUUGAACUGGCUAUGAAACAGGGUCUUGGAGCUGAAUGUGCUUCUAUUGGUGAAGUCCUAAAUUGUCUGAAGGUCGGUUUCCUGCCUGACAAAAUUGUCUAUGACUCCCCAGUUAAAACAGCUUCAGAAAUUAGGUUUGCAUUGGAGAGAGGCAUUCAUAUCAAUGCAGAUAGCAUUCAAGAAAUCCACAUCAUUAACGAAGAAUUGCAAAAACUUAAGAAGACGAAUUCAACGAUUGGGCUUCGUGUUAAUCCUCUUGUUGGAAAAGGAGAAAUUCACGAACUAAGUACUGCAACAGCAACAUCGAAAUUUGGUGUGGCGUUGAAUGAGCAUUUCAAGGGAGAGGUGUUAGAAUACUACGCUAAAUACCCAUGGUUGACCGCAAUGCAUGUUCAUAUUGGAUCUCAGUCCUACGGCGUCACAGAGCUUGCCAAUGGUUUGAGAACAGCUGUCCUUUUUGCCUUGGAAGUGAACGAUCAUCUUGGCCGAAAUCAAGUCAAUGUUUUUGAUAUUGGUGGAGGAUUACCGGUGAACAGAGACGAUGAUGAAAUAAGUCCGACGUUUGACGAUUACGCCGGAAAAUUAAAAUCGAUAAUACCGGAAUUAUUUCCUUCCAAUGGCGUCUUCAGACGAGUUGUCACUGAGUUUGGUCAAGCUUUAAAUGCCAAGACAGGCUGGUUGGCCAGCAGGGUGGAAUAUGUGAAACAGUCGGGAAGUGAAGAUGUUGACAUCAUUCUUAGUCAUAUUGGAGCGGACUUGUGCAUGCGCACGUGCUAUUGUCCAAAUCAACGAAAAUAUCAGAGAAGAAUCGAAAUUUACGACAGUGAUGGAUGUCUAAAAACAGGAAAGAAGCGAUGUUACAAUAUUGCCGGUCCAUUGUGCUUUUCUGGCGAUGUUAUCAAGUACAACAUACACUUACCUGAGGUGAUAAGGGGUGAUUAUAUUGUUGUGCUGGACUGUGGUGCUAACUCCCUCUCUGUUUUUAACCGACAUUGUAGUCGGUUUGCACCCUCCGUAUUUGGCUACAGAAAAAGAGAGAAUGAAUCUGUGGAAUUUACUGUCCUGAAGGAGGCUGAAACAACGGAAGAGUUACUAAAGUUUUGGGGAGACAAAAACCAGCUAUCACCAAAAUGAAAUGGGGCUUCGAAAUUGUAAACUGGAUUACAUUCACUGUGGAAUGAUAUAAAAUGACGUUUCAGCUCAACACCAACAGCUCGCGAUUCAAAAUCAUACUUUCUUGCAAUGGAAAUAAUGGCCAAUCACUAGCUAGAUGGAACAUUUCACGCCACUGUCAUACGACGAGUCAGAAUGAUUUUCCCACAAUGCACUUCUUUUGUUAGGCUAAAAAUGUAAAUAAAGUUGGGCUAUUUUA